ACAUCUUGGAUGACAUGGGGCCAUCUGUUGUUUACUGGAAAACCCCUGACUUUGAGGCCUCAAAACACUUCUGGCUUUUCUAGUAAGCAAACUAAUUCUACAAUUGUUUUCUAUAGGACAUAUAAAAUAUUUCAUCACUCCCGGUCAGUAGUGGUGAGAAUUUACCAACAGUGGCCCGAGAAGGGACAAACCACAAACCAGCAACAGGGUGUUGGGCGCCCAAGGCUCAUCGAUGCACAAGGGCAAUGAAGGCUGCUGUGAAACCCUAAGUCCAGCCAUUCAUGUGGACAUAUCUUUGACAUGUGCCACCUGCCUAAACAUUGUUGCAGACCAGGUACACCCCUUCAUGACAACGGUGUUUCCUGGUGGAAGUGGCCUCCAGAAUAAUACAGCAGAAUAAUGCUCCCUACCAAACUGCACACAUUGUUCAGGAAUGGUUUGAGGAACAUAGUGAAGAGUUUAAGGUGUUGCCCAGGCCAGAUACCACAGGACACCUUCAGGGCUCUUGUAUAGUCCAUGCCUUGGUAUGUCAGCGCUGUCAGAAAGCGGAGGACCAACGGCAUAUUAGACAUGCGGUCAUGUUUUUGCUCAUCGGUGUAAAUAAUAUGAAUGAUGACGUUAUUUGGCCUAGAGCUGUACAGUAAAAGCUGUACUGCCUCCUCCUGUCCUGUGAAGGGUGCUAGAGACACUUCAGUUAGCACAGCAACCUUAUGUGUUGGUGGUUUGAUUUUAAAGGGGGAACUUUCACGCGCUCGUCUCUGCUGUUAUCGCUACCUGUACUGUCUGUAUUUAUCAUUUAAAUACAGCUAUCUUAAGAUAGUAAAAUGACUAAACUUGAUCGUUUGAAUACUUUCAUGACCGAGCGCUUGAUGGCUGCUGUGAAGGAGAUCAUCUUCACUGUCGGCAGAACGGUUCGGGAGUAUGAGGAGGAAACGGAGCGAAUCAGGAGCGAAAACGAGCGACUGAAAGAAAUGUUACGAGACUCUGGGUGUUUCACUGAACGCGCAAAUGCUGCUCCUGUGCAGUCUUAUCAGCCCAUCUCCCCUGUGCAACCUGGAUGGAUUUGCAGCCAGAAUGAGGAGCCACAAACCUUUGAUGAGAUCCAACAGGACCGAUGCCAGAGACACGGCGAACAACAUCCGCUCAUAAAACCGGAAAAGCCUGAGUACUCUGCUGACGCUUACCAGGAAUCUGAAGCUUUGCCAUCAGAAGCCAACAACAACGAGGGCUCACACAUGUGCGCUGAUCACACCGAACAGAACACAAAUCCUGUUGAGGAUGAGAUGACAAACUGUCAUUUCCCAACUAAAAUCAAAGUUGAAUUCAUGAAUUCUAACUUGUGUUCAGGCGAUGCAAUGGGGAGCACUGAAGAUGUAUAUCAGAGCUGGUCCCCACGCAGUCCAGACUUGCCUUUAGGGACAUCGGACCCCUACAGAUCACAACUCCCAAACCAGCCGACAUACACUAUCAGUGAAGCUCCUCCCACGGUAUCCCAGCACAGCAGUUCAUCUUAUGAUGCCAAUCACGUUUCAUAUCACAACAUAUUAUGCACCAACAGGUCCUACUGUAGCAGUAAAUGCUGUGAAAUGCAAAAGAGGACAAUAGCCAAAUCAAGCCCUGUAUGGAAGUAUUUCUCUCUAAAAGAAGGAGACUGUAGCAAAGCAGUGUGCAUUAUGUGUAGGGCCGUCAUAUCUCGUGGUCGCAAAGAGUACACAACGUCCGCCCUUCUAAAGCACCUUCGGAUGAAACAUGGUAAAUGUUGACGUUAUCAUGACAUUAUCAUUUGUUCUCUGAUUUUUAUAUAUACGUAAAUAUUUGCUGUAGCAUUUUCUGCUCAGUCUGUUCAACUCAGUCUGUUCAAAUGUGAGGAAAGCAAGACAUCAUCUUUGUGUUAUUCCUGCAGGAAAUGUGCUAAUCUUUGGCAGUGCUGAGAAGAGACGAAUGAAAGAAAUUACGAGAAAAACUGUGUGAAAACCACUAAACCACUCUCAGUCAGUAUGGACACUGGCUAUUGCGCGUCAUGGCGAACUGCUGAGUGAACGACAGUGGUUGUGUAACAUUGUCUUUUGGUUUGUUUUUAAAGUAAUUGUUUCAUCAAAAUCAACAUCUUAUGGAGUGGGUUGAGAUAAAUAAUGUAUGCAUAUGCAGUUGGUCAUCCAAGCCUUUUGAUUAUGGUUACAGACGAAGCGUAAAAUCUUAUAGGCUUGGAAAAACUGUAACAAUCUUCAGCCUGUUAGUAACUGGUGAAUGGAUGUUUGGUUUCAUCAUUGUAUUAAAAAAAACAAAAAAACAAUGGGAUGUUAUUGAACAUCUAGCUAAGGCAUGAUUCAUAUUAAAGAAAACUGUAAUAAAGAUAAUUUUAGGGACAUUUACAGAAUAUUUUACCACCCCACUGAAAUGUAAGAUGUUUGAAGUUUUGAACUGAUUUCGUCUUUUAUACUAAUUUUUUACAAUAAAUUAAUUCUGGUUUUACAACA